AUGCCUAAGAUAAAAACAAGCCGUGUCAAGUAUCCUGAAGGAUGGGAGCUUAUUGAACCAACAAUCCGUGAGUUGGAUGCCAAAAUGAGAGAAGCUGAAAAUGAUCCACAUGAUGGGAAGAGAAAGUGUGAAGCUCUCUGGCCUAUUUUCCGUAUUUCUCAUCAAAGGAGCCGCUACAUAUAUGAUCUUUACUACAGAAGGAAGGAGAUAUCACAGGAGCUUUAUGAGUUUUGCCUGGACCAGGGUUAUGCAGACCGUAACCUGAUUGCAAAGUGGAAAAAGGCAAGUAUCCUUCGUUCCAUAUUUGUUGUACAUGGUCUACUGCUCAGUUUGUUUGAUUUUUUUCUCCACAACAUCCUGUUCUUUUUGGGGUGA